AUGGCAAAGACGGCAUGUUACCAGUGUAAUGAAUUGAUGCCUUUGCAGAUGCUUGCACUGCACAUUAAGACAUGCAAGGGGAAACUGUCUGAUGAUGAUGGUGAUAAUGAUGAUGAGGUGAGGGCAAAUAAUUUUUGUUUUAAAAAAAUUACAAUUAAAUUUCAUUUACUGUUCUGUAAUUUUGCAGUCCUCUGAUGGCACAUGUGUUGUGGAGAACAAGUGUAAGGUAAAUAUAGCAUAUCAUUAAAAUCCUAGAUCACUUUGGUUUGCUUUGCAACAGCUGUUUUUUUUUUUUUUUUACAUGAAACAACUUUUUUUUUUUUAAAUUUCAGGUGGUUUGUCCAAUCUGCACCAAAGAAUUCCCAGAUGACGAGAUCACAGUCCAUGCUCGUCUAUGUGGAGAGAGGUAAUCUGCUUUGUCCUGCUGUUUGUAUAAUAAACAUUUAUAGAUUAAUGUCUAUAUAUAAUCUAUAUGACCUGAACAAUGUCUGUGUAUACUGUGUGUACAGUGUUUAGUGUUUGAGACAAUUGUUUGCUGUACAGCUUUGAAUGAACACUGACUUCUGCACCAAAUGACAAUAGUCCAAGUACAGCUGCUCACACUCCAGUAUCCAAACCAAAAAGGUAUGAUGUAUUAAGCUGUCCUUUGCAUGUGUUUAUUUUUAAUAGCGCAUACAUGUUUUGCUCCAUCAUUUACACAGUCAACAUGUUCUCAGUUAGACAAGAGCUAGCCAUCACAUACUUUCAAAUUAUUUUAUUGUGUACAAAUUUUGUUUGGGUAUUUGGGACUGUAUUAUUAUUUCUUCUGUUGUCUUCUGUAGUUUGUGAUGUGUUUGAACUUGAGUUUGUGGCAUUUGCUGAACUUGAGUUUGUGGCGUUUUUUAAUAAUAAUAAUACAUUUUAUUUGAAGCGCCUUUCACGUCACUCAAGGACACUUUACAGAACAUAUAAAAACAAUAAUAAAACACUAUUAACAAUUAAAAUCAUUAAUCGUCAAACAGUUAAAAUCAACAAAGCAACAUUAAACAUGAACAACAGCAAAGGAAUAAAUAUAGAAAUUAAUAAUACCAAUUGAAAUUUAAUUUAAAAAAGUGGGUUAGGGGUGGUGGGAGGGAUAGGCCAGUAUAAACAGGUGUGUUUUGAGUUUGGACUUGAAGAGGGGGAGGGAGUCUAUGUUGCGGAUGUUUGAUGGUAAAGAGUUCCAGAGUCGGGGGGCAGAGCGACUGAAAGCUCUGCCCCCCAUAGUGCUGAGGUGAACAGGGGGCACAGAGAGGUGGAGAGAGGAAGAGGAACGGAGGUGGCGUGUUGGAGUGGCGAUGUGGAGGAGGUCAGAUAGGUAAGGAGGGGCGAGGUUGUGGAUGGCUUUGAAGGUAUACAGGAGGAUUUUGAACUGGAUUCGUAGAGGGACCGGGAGCCAGUGAAGCUGCUGAAGGAUGGGGGUGAUGUGGUGGGACGAAGGGGUUUUGGUGAUGAUACGGGCAGCGGAGUUGUGGACCAGUUGAAGUUUAUGGAGAGACGUGUAAGGGAGACCGAAGAGGUGGGAGUUGCAGUAAUCCAGACGGGAGGUGACGAGACUGUGGACGAGGAUGGAGGUGGUGUUGGGGGAGAGGGAGGGGCGGAGACGAUUGAUGUGGCGGAGGUGGAAAUAGGCAGUGCGAGUGGUAAGGCUGAUGUGGGAUUUAAAAGAAAGAGAACUGUCAAGGACGACACCCAGACUCUUGACCUGAGGUGAGGGGGAAACUGAGGAACUGUCGAUGGGAAGGGAGAGACUGUCAACUUUGGAUAGGGUGGAUUUGGAACCUACAAGAAGAAUUUCUGUUUUCUGACUGUUUAAUUGGAGAAAGUUGGAGGUGAACCAGGAUUUAAUUUCAGAUAGGCAGGUGAUGAGGGAGGUGGGUGGGAGGGUGGAGUUUGGUGAGCUGGAGAGGUAGAGCUGGGUGUCGUCAGCAUAGCAGUGGUAUUGAAUGUUGAAUUUAUGGAAGAUGGAACAAAGGGGGAGGAGGUAGAUGAUGAACAGCAGGGGCCCCAGGACAGAGCCCUGGGGCACACCUGAACUGACUGGGGAGGGGUCGGACUUGAAUGAUUUGAGCUGGAUGAACUGUGUGCGGUCUGAGAGGUAAGAGUGGAACCAGCGGAGGGGAGUGUGGGUGAUGCCGAUGGAGGAGAGUCUACGAAGGAGGAUGGGAUGGGAGAUGGUGUCGAAGGCUGCACUAAGGUCGAGGAGGAUGAGGAUGGAAAGUGAACCGGAGUCAGAUGCAGUGAGAAGGUCGUUAGUAAUUUUUAGCAGUGCGGUUUCGGUGCUGUGGCGGGGGCGGAAACCAGAUUGGAAGGGGUCGUAGAGGGAGUUCUGGGUUAGGUGGGUGUGAAGUUGGCUGGCGACGACCUUUUCCAUUAUUUUGGCUAUAAACGGUAGAUUUGAGAUGGGGCGGAGGUUGCUGAAGUUAUUGGGGUCAGAGCCAGGUUUUUUAAGGAUAGGGGUGAUGGCUGCUGUCUUGAGGGAUGCGGGAACAGUUCCAGUGGUGAGUGAGGAGUGAAUGAUGGCAGAUAUGAGAGGGAGCACAGAUGGGAGGCAUGAUUUGAGCAGUGUGGUGGGAAGGGGAUCCAGCUGACAGGUUGAGGGUUUGGAUUUCUGGAUGAGAUCAUAGAUUUCAGAGUCAUUGGGGAGAAGAAAACUGGAGAAGGGCUGGUGGUGUGGCAGGGGAGUAGGUGAGUUUGGAGGGGGUCCAGGGGGAAGAGAACCUGAGUGUAGUUGUUUAUGGAUGUUGGAGAUUUUGUCAUUAAAAAACUGCAUUAGGGUGUUGCAGGUGUCGGUUGAAUACAGGUGGGGAGGGAGGGAGUCCGGUGGCUGGAGAGAUUUGUUGAGGAGAGUGAAUAGUGAUCUGGUGUUUCCUUUGUUGGAGAUGAUCUGGGCGGAGUAGUGGUCUGUUUUUGCGUGAGAAAUUGAGUCCUUGUAGCAGCGUAUGUGGUUAAUGUACAUUUCUUUGUGAAUGGAGAGUCCAGUUUUCUUGUAAAGUCUUUCCAGUUGGCGGCCUUUGGUUUUCAUGGAGCGGAGGUGGGGGGUGUACCAGGGUGCAGUUGUGGAGAAGGAAACAGAGCGUGUUUUGAGUGGAGCGAGGGAAUUGAGGAUGCUAUUUAAACAGGUGUUGUAAUGAGAUGUUAUGUCAUCAGGGGUAGUGUAACAGUCCGGGAUCACAAUAUUCAUAAUCUUAGAGCGCAGAGUGUCAAUGUUUAUGUUCUUAAGGUUGCGGAAUGUAAUGAGGCGUGGUGAAUAAACUCUAGAGAGGGAGAGCGGAAUACUGAAGGAGAUGAGGAGGUGGUCACUUACGUGGAGAUCAUCAGCUGUGCAGUUGGAUGGGAUGAGGCCAGAGUAGCAGAGUAAAUCCAGAGUGUGUCCUUUAGUGUGUGUCGGGAAGUUGAUGAAUUGAUGGAGUCCAAAACUGUCCAGGCAGGAUGAGAAGUCUCUGGUGAGGGGGAGGUUGGUGUUGUCAAUAUGGAUAUUGAAGUCCCCCAGUAUUAUUAUGUUUGGUGAGAGUGUGCAUAGAUGGGUGAGUAGAACCGAAAAGUCAUUUAAGAAGUCAGAGUGAGGCUUGGGGGGGCGGUAGAUGGUGGCGAUGAUGGUGGGAGUGGGUCCAGGGAGUGUAAUUGCCAGAAGUUCAUGUGAGGAGAAAAGAGGCAAGGACAGCGGUAGAACUUUCCACUUUUUGUGGUGGAUGACGGCGAUACCUCCACCACGGCUGUGGCUGCGGGGGUGGGAGAGGUAGGUGUAGUCCGGGGGGGUGGAGUCGUUGAGUGAUGAGAAGUCAUUUGGUUGUUGCCAUGUUUCAGUGAUGCACAGGAAGUCCAGCUUGCGGUCAGUGAGGAGAUCGUGGAUGAUGUGUCCCUUGUUGGUGAGUGAGCGGAUGUUGAGGAGUCCGAAGCUGACAGAGGUAUUGUCAUGUUUGGUGAGGAUGGGAGCCAGUAUGGAUGGGCUUGUUAAAACAGAGUGAUUGACAGUCCGGGUGGUGUAUCUAUUAGAGUGGUGUCUGUUGGUGAUAUGGACAGGAAUAGUGAGAAGUUGGAUACUACUGUAAUUAUUAGGGAGUGGGGAAAAAAUGUCAUGAAAACCUGUGGCAGAGGGAGUCGGUGACAGGAUUUGCUAGCAGGGGGAGCUCUGGGGAGGACCUGUCAGCAGUGAGUGCACAACAGAGGGAGAGGGGUGUGUGUGAACUUGAACUUGUGGCAUUUGUUGAACUUGAGUUUGUGGUGUUUCGUUGAACUUAAAGUUGUGGUGUUUGUUGAAUUUUAGUUUGUGGGAUUUUUUUUACUUGAGUCUGUGGCCUUUGUUAAACUUGAAGUUGUGGCAGUUGUUGAACUUGAGUUUGCUGUGUUUUUUUAACUUGAGUUUGGGGUGUUUGUUGAACUUGAGUUUGUGGCAUUUUUUGAACUUGAGUUUGUAACUUUGACGAUCUAACAUGUGACAACAUUUGAGCUCAGAGUUUUAGGACUGUGACUGUUGGUAGUUGUGAUUUCAUUUUGUUGAAAUAUGCCAAAUUGUGAAUUUAUGGUAUAUUGUUGUUCAGACAAUUGAGCUAAGCUAGCUAGCAACUGCUUAUGUCAGCAGUCACUUGUUGCCAUAGCAAACAUUCACGUAGGGAUUAAUGAGCUGGAAAUAGAGAUGCAGAAUCAAGCUAUAUUAUAAACUAUAUAUUAUAGAAAUAGGUGUGUGUGUGUGUGUGUGUGUGUGUGUGUGCUCUUGUGUGCUCUUGUGUGUGAACAUAAACAAACUCUUGCUUUUGACAAGUUGUUUACACAGGUGCAACUGCAGCCAAAGCUGAAAAUGUAUUUUGCAUGUAGUAUAUAUGAAAAUAAUUCAUUUUUUUCUGUUUGGCAUCAUUUCAUCGUCAUUUAAAGGGUUAAAAUCUUCAGACAACAGGAGGGUUUUUUAAAAUUUCAAUUGUACUUUCGGUAUAAUAAGACUGGCAGUUCAACUUCAGGAUAAAAAGAGUGACCUUUCAGCACCUAUGUAACAUCCUGUGGCCUAGUUUGACACACCAGAGUACAAGAUACAGACACCCUGUCCCUGUAGAUCUUCGGGUGGCAAUAUGUCUGUGGCGUUUGGCAACCAAUCUUGAAUACACAUCUAUCUCUCAAUUGUUCGGUGUUGGUAUGUCCACUGCUUGUCAAAUUACUCAAGAGGUUGUGACAGCCAUAAACAAGGAAAUGAAACACCACUACCUCAAGACCCCAUCUGAUGUGGAGCUAAGGUUGAUUGUCCAGGGCUACAGAGAUAAAUGGAGGUUCCCACAGGUUGCAGGAGCAACAGACGGGACCCACAUCGGCAUCCUGGCACCAGCAGAUCACCCUGCAGAUUAUUACAACAGGAAAGGAUUCUACUCGAUCCUGUUGCAGGGUGUAGUUGACCACAGACUGAAAUUUUGGAACAUCAAUGUUGGCUGGCCAGGUAAAGUCCACGAUGCCAGAGUUUUUGCAAACUCUUCUCUGGAUCGUCGGGGUCAGAGUGGCACGUUGUUUCCAGGGUGGACUGAAGAAUUUGAAGGUGUGGAUGUGCCCCUGGUUAUUCUUGCCAAUGCGGCAUACCCACUUCUGCUUUGGCUGCUGAAGCAUUUUUCCGGAGGGGAGAGGUGUCACACCAGCUGAAACUCAGUUCAAUCAUCGACUCAGUCAGACAAGGAUGACUGUAGAGAGAGCCUUCGGAUGGCUGAAGGGUAGAUGGAGAUGUCUCCUCAAAAGGUGUGAUGGGCACAUUACACUGGUCAGCCAUAUUAUCGCAGCCUGCUGUGUUUUACAUAAUGUCAGAAUAAUGUGCAUAAAUGUAUAUAGAAGUUUUCAUUUUUACUCAUCUUCUUAUGUAAGAGUUUACUACAAGUAUGAACUGUUUUGACCUCUUGUUGCACAUCAAAUAAGAGUGUUUUCUAACUUCUCUUUCCAAUAGCUUUAUUACACAGCACAUAAGUGUUUCUUAACUUCUCUGUGACCUAGUUUCUCCUAUCAGCAGGUGUGUGUGUGAUGUAACCUCCACUGUGAAUUGUGGGAAGAAAUGAGGAAGAUCCGCUCCUAUCAGAAGGAGCUCGUUUAAUGUCAACAAUGUCGUCUUGACCCUCACAUAUUUUCUGUGUUCAUUAUUAUGUUUUAUGAGAGUGCUUACGUUGCUGCACAUAUUUUUUCCCCCAUCCUUUGGUAACAUUGUUUAACCAUGGACAACCCUAAAUAUAAGAGACUGGAAAGAAAUACCUUCAGAAUGGUUUUGAGAUUGCAACUGAAACUAUCUCUGUCCAUUCUCCUCAAGUAAGAAACCAUUGUCUUUCUCUUCUUUAUAUGUAUUCAGUCAUUUGUUGCAGGUUUUAGACCCAACACAUAACUAUUGUGAAAUGCACAACAAGCAAUGGGAAGACGUGGAUCCUGAAGAUAAUGGACAGGCUGGUGAUGACAAUCUCACUCAGGCCAAAGAUGAUGGACAGGCUGGUGAUGAUAAUCUCCAUCAGGCCCAAUAUGGUUGCCAUAUCAGAGACGCACUGUGUGCCUAUUUUUCACACUGACAAGCUUUUGUUGUUUUCUCCUGUUUUAAUUGCUCUAAACUGGAUGAAAGUGUCUGAUAAUUGAAAUUGUUUUUUAUAUGUUUUUUCACAGCAGCAAUUACAGCAAAAAUGUUAAGAGUACGAGUUUUUUAAUUUUUGAUUUGUAGAACAGGAUUUGUUCACCUGUAAUUUCAGAAGGUGCUACAACUUCCUCUGCAUGGAAGAGAUUGACUUUCACUCUCUGUCUAAGAAGGAUGUGGCUGAUUUAGAAUCCUGUGUACUCAUCAGCAGGGUGAGUGCUCUUAGGCAUUGUGAAAUAAUAAAUAUUUCUCUAAUGUUAUUACCUAUUGCAUUAUUUGCUUCAUCGCUACAUUGCACAUUUCAGGUUGAAAAUUCCACAGAUGUCCAGUCUCUGAUGAUGUAUGCUGAUGAAAUUAUUAGCUGUGGAUACAGCAGCCAGAUCAAACUGGACAGCAAGGAAAACAUCAUUUGGUAAGUGUUUUAAAACAAUAUUAACAUUUUAUUUGAAUUUUAAUUAAUUUUGACAACACCUUAACACAUUUCUCACAGUGAUACAUACGUAUUGACAGUCAAUUAAAAAGAAGAAAAUACACAAAAGCAACAAUAUUAUCAAUUUAAAUACUUUUUAUAAAAAUAAAAAAAAACAAUUUCAAACCAGUAUUGUUUUUUUUUCUGUGCUUUUCUUCAAAGAGCAAUUGUUCUACAUUCUACAACAAGAUUGAUUCCAAUGCUGCAGCAACUGAGAAAGGGAAUGGAACUGUAUGGCCUGGUGAACCUGAUGGCAUCAAACCCCGCAGCUUGCCACUCCUUGUUUGUUCCUGGGAAGAUCAGCAAAGUAAACUUUUAUAUCAGUUCUUUUUUUUAACUUUUUUUUUUCUUAAACACUUUAUUUGUAAUUUUCCAAUUAUCAUAUAAAACGAUCAUUAUUUUACAAUCGUUUUACAAAUAACUAUAGAAAAACAAUCCUAAAGUAAAAAUUUUAACUGCCACUUAUUUUGUUCUUACAUAGCCUACAUUGUUGUUCUGUAGUGCAAUUUCCAUUUUGUAUGUCAUUAAUAGCCUGAGUUUGUACACUUAAAGAUAUUUAGCCAAAUCUACAUUCACUCUUUAUAGCCUGAUGCUGAUUCCAUGAUGAUGAACUGCCAGCCACAUUACAGUGAAAAGGGGACAUCUAAGGAAAGAGCUGAGAGGAAAGUGAUCAACUUCCUCCAAGAUUUCUUAGAAGAGCUUGAAAUGCUAUUAAUGUUCAUGUUCUAAUGUCAGACACCUUGUGCAAGAACUGUAUGUACAAGUCACAACCAUGUGACUGAGAAUGUCCCAGAGGAUCAAUAGUUCUCUGAAGUUCCUCCAGGGCGUCAUCAUCCAGUGGGCAUGCGAUGUCAGGAACCACAUCUGCUCCAUUUGAGUCCUCUUGCAGUACGACACUCUCCCAGUCAAUGUCUGGGUCUUGAAUUUCCUACAGAUCCAGAAAGACAAAAAAAAAAAAAAAAAAAAAAAACAAUGACUCAAGACUGUUAUGAAAAUAUUGCACUGCUGUAGGCAAAGGCAUUAUGGUUUGUUAGAGAAAAUUAUCUGCGCCAUCUACACAAAUCAUGACAAGCUCAUCAUAAGACAUAACCAUGUUGUUAGGAUAGAUAUUCGCCAGUGUGUUCCACAGUCCAACUGCUUCUGGUAGUAAUCUGUCAGAAAACAAGAUCGCUAUCAGCUUGCCACGCAUUUUUACAAUUCAUGUUUUAUGUCUUAUGUGAACUGUUCUUUUAUAAUGUUAUACCUCAAGUCUUUUCCUUUCAUCCAGAUCUUGUUGAUGUCCCAUACACCACAGCUGUUCUAGAGUGAGACCUCCUUCUGUCCGUAGAGUAUGUUUAUUCCAUCCUCUGAUGAAGGUGUCAAGAUUGGCCAGGAGUCGAGAGACAAAGAUGUAGUGCACACCAAAGAGGUGUACCACAUCAUCACAUAUAAUGUAAACCCAGACAAGGCAGCCCUAAUGUUAUAUCACUAAAGUACAAAAACUAACAAGGUACUUCUAUAACAUGAGACAAUAAUCAUAAUAAUAAUAAUAAUAAUAAAUACUGCCCGUACAUUGUAUCCAACGAAGUCCUCCCUCUCCCGUCCAAGUCUGUCUGAUGCGAUCUCCUUUGCUUUUUCUGGGUGAAUGUAACUAGCGAUCUAAUUGGAGAACAAACAGCCAAUCAGAGUGUACUUCCGCCAGUUCUUGGAUUGGUUGGCUUUGUGGCACAGUGUAACGUGUGUGUCAAGCUGAGCGCGCAGAGAGGACACACCCGAGCGCGCAGAGGGCGAGAGGUUGAGUGAGAGAGGGAGGGGGAAGUGAGCGCGUAAAACUAAAAUGCAAAAGCAUUUAUGGUUUACAGAAUUGAUUUUUUUUUUUUUUGCUCAAUAUAUUUUUCUGUGUCAUAACCCGGCUCUUAAGCCAUGACAUAUAUGGAAACGGACGCAGUGUAGGGCGGAAAGUGAUGAUUUAUUUUACCAAAGUGAAGACUUAAACAAUAAUUUGUAAAUAUGGAGUGUGUUAGUCAGUGAUAUCAGUCAUGUAAGUGUGGAUGUGUGAGUAAUGAAGUGUAGGGUGUUGUGGGGUGAAAAUAAACCAAAGUCAAACCGAAGCAAAAAGCCUGCAACAGCAGGCCUGUGGCAGGGUCAGAGGAAGAGAGCGAGCCGCACUGGAGAAGGGCCUUUUAUGCUCUGUGGCAGCAUUAGGCACAGGUGCUUCAAUUGUCUGCCACACCCACUCUCUCCCAGGUAGCCCUGCAGGGAAAACAUGAAAUGGCUCCACCAGGAUUAGUCCACCAGACCCCAGUUAGGCAGGGCCGUCACAUCUGUGCUCAAAAUGUGUCAUUAUGUGCUCAGAAUCUAUCAUUGCUCGCUUUUGUUUGCUCAAUGUAUUUUUCUGUGCUCAAAAUCUAUCAUUGCUCGAUCAAAAUCUUUCAUUGCUCACUCAGGAUACUGGUACAAAAAUAAAUCCAUAGAGUUUGUGGUGUUUGUUGAACUUGAGUUUGUGGCAUUUGCUUAACUUGAAGUUGUGGCAUUUGUUGGACUUGAAUUUGUGGCAUUUUUUGAACUUGAAGUUGUGGUGUCGUCAAAUUUGAGUUUGUGGCAAUUGUUGAACUUAAGUUUGUGGCAUUUUUUGAACUUGAUUUUGUGGUGUUUGUUGAACUUGAGUUUGUGGUGUUUGCUGAACUUGAGUUUGUGGCAUUCCUUGAACAUGUGUUUGUGGUGUUUGUUGAACUUGAGUUAGUGGUGUUUUUUGAACCUGAGUCUAUGGCCUUUGUUGACUUUGUGGCAUUUGUUAAUCUUGAGUUUGCUGUGUUUAUUGAACUUGAGUUUGUGCUGUUUGUUGAACUUGAAUGUGUGGCAAUUUUUAAACUUAAGUUUAUGGCCUUUGUUAAAGUUGAUGUUGUGGCGUUUGUUGAACUUGGGUUUGUGGCGUUUGUUGAACUUGAACUUGUGGCAUUUGUUGAACUUCAGUUUGUGGUGUUUCAUUGA